AUUUUAUAAAGCAAAGUUAAAAUGAAGACCUUGCUUAUGUUUGCAAUUUUGCUAAAACUUUCUUUAGCAAUUUCAGUUAAUUUAUCCAAAUUAAAACCGAGAGAUAAUGAUGGUUGUAACAAUACAGACAUAAGUGAACUGGCAAUGCAGAUAUCAGGUUCUACAGGACCAGAUUUCGAAUAUAGUUUAACCCUUACUUGGCCGCCGGUACCAGACAUUAAUACUAAAUUAAUUAAUUGCGUUUUGAUUCAGGUUGUUGAAGGCGAUGGAUAUGGUGGGAAUGUAUCCAUAAUAAAAGGAGGCGUUGGGUUCUAUUAUGUAAAGAUUUUGAUUAUUUCGGAACCGUUUCUGUCCUUUGCAUACAACGUUACAAUCUAUACAGAAACGGUAUAAUUAAAAAUAAAGGGACUAUAUUUAUA